UUUACUAUCAUUUAUUUCUGUAUAAAGUCAUAACCAGAAUAUAUAGCUAAACCAACUAGGCCAUAAGCACAACAUAACCAUUAUAUAAUUUUCAUGAAAGCUCAACAGAUUUAUUUUCAUAGAUAAUAAUUAAUCAGUGAUGGAGAUUCAUUUCUUUCUAUUAUUUGCCACUCUAUCCUUAAUCAUAAUCCGGUUCUUUCUAAACCGGAAAAGAAACAAACCACCCGGUCCAACCGGUUUACCCAUAAUCGGAAACCUCCAUCAACUAGGCUCACAACCUCACUGUACCCUCUCUUCCCUCGCCAAAACCUAUGGCCCCAUCAUGUCCCUCCGUUUCGGCUCCGUCACCGUAACCGUCGCCUCCUCCCCUACAACCGCCCAAGAAAUCCUCCAAAAAAACGACCAAUCCUUCUCCAACCGCCCUAUCCCCGAAUCAGUCACAGCUCAACCAAACGUCAACGACACACUUGCUUGGGCACCUGCCGACUCACGGUGGCGCAACCGUCGUCGUAUAUGCACAACUCAAAUCUUCACUUCCCAACGCCUUGACCUCCUCCAACAUCUCCGCCACCGGAAAGUUGAGCGACUAGUUCAACACCUUCACAAAAAAGCUGCUAAAAAAACAACAGUUGAUAUAGGUGAACUUGCUUUUGCUACUAUGUUGAACUUGGUUUCUAACACGGUGUUUUCUGAGGAUCUUGUUGACUCAGAAUUUGAGAGUGCUGGUGAGUUUAAAGAGCUUGUGUGGAGAAUUAUGGAAGAUGCUGGGAAAGUGAAUGUUAGUGAUUAUUUUCCUGUGUUGAAGAGAUUUGAUUUGCAAGGUGUGAAGAGACAUGUUAAGGUUUCUUAUGAGAGGUUGCAUGAAAUUUUUGAUCGUAUGAUUAAGAAACGUGUUCAAGAUAGAGACAAUUUGAGUGGUGAUGGUGGUGGUGAUUUUUUGGAUGUGUUGCUCGAUCAUUGUCAACAAGAUAAAGACUCUGUUUUUAGUGUUGAAAGCAUCAAGCCAUUGAUUCUGGAUUUAUUUAUAGCUGGAAGUGACACAUCAGGAUCAACAACAGAAUGGGCAAUGGCUGAACUUCUUCGCAAUCCAAAAAUAAUGAAAAAAGCAAGAAAUGAAGUGAUUCAAGUAAUUGGCAAAUCCAACCAAGUCAAAGAAUCAGACAUUCCAAAUCUUCCUUACAUUCAAUCAAUAGUCAAAGAAACCCUUAGACUACAUCCACCUGUACCACUUCUCUUACCUUAUAUUGCAUCAAAUAAUGUUGAAAUAAAUGGUUACACAAUUCACAAAGGAAACCAAGUUUUGAUAAAUGCAUGGUCUAUUGGAAGAAACCCUGAAUUUUGGGAUGAUCCAUUGUUAUUUCGGCCUGAAAGGUUUCUCGAUUCUAAGGUUGAUUUUAAAGGGAGGGAUUUCGAGUAUUUACCUUUCGGUGCUGGAAGGAGAAUUUGUCCUGGUAUUCCGUUGGCGAAUAGGAUGAUUGUUUUAAUGUUGGCCGCGUUGUUACAUUCUUUUGAAUGGGAGCUUCCUCAAGGUGUUGCUCCGGAAAUGCUUGAUAUGAGGGAGCAAUAUGGAAUCACUUUGAAGAAACUUAUUCCUCUUUCUGCUGUUCCAAUUUCAGUAGUAGUAUGAAAAUACAAGUCCAUGUGUUGUUGGACUAAAAUGUGCCUAAUUGGAGAUACCAAGUGGUUUGAUUUUAUAUUAUCACACUUAAAUAAAUAUUUUCUCCACAUAAAUAAACAUUUGUUUGGG